CGCCAGCGAAGUGGAUGUGUCGAUAUUUCUUCCUCCUCGCCGAGCUUUCUUGAUUGCACUCUUUGCCUCCGUUCCAUCGGCACGAGGGGAAAUUAAACCAAUAAGACUACGUGUGUGACGUGUGUGGAUAUUUUAUUUCGUCGUCUCUUCUCGCAAAACAAGAUGGAGUCUUACAGUUACGAAGACUUAAACGCUUCCUUCAGCCUGGAGGAGCCGCUCUUCGGCGCCUCCGAGUCCAUCGACACUCUGUGCGAAACCUACCUCAGCAACAUGGAAACUUACUCCUCCGGUGCCAAGCAUUCACAGAAAAGCCUCUUUGAGGAGAUGGAAGCCUUCUCCAAGAUGGAGAUUCACGAAUGGCGGGGCGAGGAAUGCGUGGACUGGGCCGGCAGCGUGUGUCGUCGCCAGGGCCUGGACCAGACCACCGUCGACCUGUGGGCCUUCAGGAACACCUCGGGCAACCUCCUUCAGCAGUACUCCCUUCAGGACUUCUGCUCGCUCGUUGGGGACAUCUAUGGGCCUCUGUUUUACAACGAGCUUCAGGCACUCCGCAAACGCAGCGCAGGUUGCAGAAAGGCCCAUGAGUCAGGGAUGUCUCUCUACGGCGGCGGCGACUACUCCCCGGAAAUGGGCUACCCGAGCGACGCGUGGGACCUCACCAGCGAAGACAUCCAGGAGUUGGACCGCUACAUCCGCCACGAAGAGAGCUGGGAUCCUCUGGUGGACAGCCUGCAGUACAUGGACCUUCAGGAGCAGUUCGGACCAAUUAAGUACGAGGAGCAGGCGCUGUGUCCCGAACCCGUGGCCAUGAUCUCGGCAAGCGCAGACGCCAAGGGAACCAGCGACCCCCUCAAGAAAAUCAGGCCGGAAGCCAAGAAGAGAGAACGCGGCCCGAAGAACUGGGAGUUCGUGAUCCGCCUCCUGGCCGACCCGAGCACCAAUCCCUCGCUCAUCCGCUGGGAGGAGCAGAGCGAGGGCACUUUCCGUCUGGUGCAGCCCACGACCAUCGCCAAGAUGUGGGGCCAGCGCGCCGACAAACCCAAUCUUUCUUAUGAUAACUUUGCUCGGGGAUUGAGAUACCACUACUCGACCGGCGCCCUUCAACCGGUGUCCGAGAAGCAGCUCGUCUACCGCUGUGGACCGAAAGCUCUUAAAUACUAUAUCGAGCUGAAGCGUGGUCAGUGCUAGUUGCAGCGCUAGCGUGACCAAUGCUAGUUCGCGGAUCUUUUUUUUCGAGGAACGCGUUGACUUUUUGUUUAUCUGUUUGUUGUUAUUUUCUCACACUCCAUCUUCCCAUC